AACUAGUGAGGCCAAAUUUCUUAAGAUUCCUUUCCACUCGCCUCAGAGUGCUAAAAAGUAAACAUUUCCAUCAUACCAGUUUUUCUUUUUGGUGCCCAGAUGACAACAAAUUCCUGUGCUUACAUAAAUGCAUUUCCUCAUUUUCAUUAUUAUUGCUUCACACCCAUUACCCUCGCCAUGUGGCUAAGAUUUGAGAGGCCUGGAUUUUUCUAGUACGUAUUGAAGAGUUAUCCUGAAAGAUUUCGGUCUGAUUAUGAAUAAAAACCAGUUUCCCUUCUCUGAGGCUGUGCCUUGAGGAUAUGUAGUGGUGGCCUCCUUCCAUGAUUGCUGUCAGAGAGAAGAGAAUAACAGAGUUGAUUGAUCUAUGAUGGCUUACUUUGGAUCCAAUUAUUAUGAGGCUGAGCCUGGUAUCUACCUUCCAACCCCUUACGGUGGUGGUUAUGAUUUUGCUCCCAGCCACCACGCCUUAGCCCCUUACUCUUCCUAUGAAUUCAACGAGCCCAGCUUUUUCCAGUAUGGUCCUAAUCCUUUUGUCGGUGCUUAUGAUCCCGCCCCAAAUCGGUCGACAAUUUCUUACUCUGUCUCGACCGUCAGCCAGUCAGAGCUGGUUGUGUAUGACCCUACUCCUUAUGGCGGUGGCUAUGAUCCUUUCCACACCCAAUUCACAGUCUCUUACAAUAAGUCGGGGUUCAAUGAGCCAGAUUUUGAAGAGUAUGAUCCAACACCUUACGGCGGUGGGUAUGAUAUUGCUCAAACCUAUGGGAAACCCCUUCCCCCAUCUGAUGAAAUAUGCUAUCCCCGUGAUGCGCCGCAGGCCAUUGCCCCAUCUUUGGAUCCAUUGCCUGGUGGGAAAAAGGAGGAGGAUCAUGAAUCUGCAUCAGAACCACAGAAAGGCAGCCAACCGUCCAAGGCUAGUGAAGAAGAGCAAGAGCAGCAGUCGCAUGGUGGCACAGAAGAUGUGCUGAACAGGGGAUAUGAAAAUGGCCAUGGAAGCAAUCUUGGGGAGCCUCUGGGAUCUAGCCAGAGUGGAGAAAUAGAGGGGAAUUCCUACGAUGAUUACUAUCCUUGGACCGGUUAUGAAUAUGACUACGGAAAUGUAAGAAGUGACAAACACGAGAAUGAGAAGCAAGUGCCUCAAGAUCCAUGGGGAUACAGCCCAGAAGCAAUGGACUUUUGUGAGAGUAUUUUUGGUCAUUGGCCCUGCCUGUACAAGCAGAAAAGGUACGGACAUCAAGGAACCACGAAUGAAGAAAGAAGCAGCAACCAGUGGAAGGGAACUGAAGAUUUUAUCUUUGGAAGUUCAUAUCCUUACACCCAUCAAAAGGAUGAGGGAGGCAGCCAUGGGGAUGCCAUCUAUGGCUAUGAAAGGCAUUAUCAGGAGCAACCUCAUUAUCCACAGGUUGAGAAUGAAGAGAAUUCAUGGUUGAAGAAAUCCAGCAUAUUUUGAACACUGCAGCAUACUUGAUCUCUGCUUUAUUUCAAUUUCCAUUACCAAUUGUUGUAAGUCACGCAAUAAUUCUUCAGAUUUAUUCAAGAACCGUCUAUAGUUUUCAUGAAUAACAUCAAAAGCACUGAAUUAUAUAACCGAUAGAACAUGUCAUGUUUCAGAAAAUUUCCAG